UCGUGUCAUAUAUCUUAUAUAAACCUUCUUGCUGUAUUCAACAGGGACGGCUUCACGACCGACAUCCCACGGUUGAAUAAUUAGUCCACCACCCUCCCGAGUUUCACGCGCACCAUGUCCGUACCCCAAAGCUGUACCGUGCUUGUCGUUGGCGGUGGUCCCGCAGGAUCCUUCGCCUCGGCUGCCUUGGCACGCGAGGGUAUCGAUGUCGUGAUGCUGGAGGCGGACAAGCAUCCGAGAUACCAUAUUGGGGAGAGCAUGCUCCCCUCGAUGCGCCACUUCCUCGACUUUAUCGACUGUUACGACAAAUUCAACUCACAUGGCUUUAUCAAGAAGAAAGGCGCAGCCUUCCGUCUGAACCCAUCUCAACCCGAAGCUUACACCGACUUCAUUGCGGCUGGUGGGCCGAAUGGCCACGCCUGGAACGUGGUACGGUCCGAAGCCGACGAGCUGCUCUUCAACCACGCGGCGUCCUGCGGCGCCCGCACCUUUGACGCCACGAAAGUGGAUGCCGUCCAAUUUGAAGAGGGGGAUGGAAAGAAAUCAAACCCCGGAAAACCUGUUUCCGCAUCAUGGAAGCGCAAAGACGGGACCUCGGGCACCAUCGCCUUCAAGCACAUCGUGGACGCUAGCGGCAGAUACGGUCUCCUGAGCACCAAAUACCUGAAGAACCGGAAGUUCAACCAGAACCUCAAGAACAUUGCGAACUGGGCCUACUGGAAGGGAGGCGGCACCUACGGCACCGGGACACACAAAGCGGGCUCACCCUUCUUUGAGGCGCUCCAGGACGCCAGCGGCUGGUGCUGGUUUAUCCCUCUACACGACGGCACCCACUCGAUCGGAAUCGUGCAGAACCAGCAAAUGGCCACGGAUAAGAAGCGGGCGGCAGGCUCCCCAUCAACCAAGGAGUUCUACAUGCAGUCCCUUCAGCACGUACCAGGUAUUAGAGAGUUACUUUCCAAGGCCGAACUGGUCUCGGACGUCAAGUCGGCCUCGGACUGGUCCUACAGUGCCGACAGCUAUGCCUUUCCGUACGCGCGCAUCGUGGGCGAUGCCGGCUGCUUCAUCGAUCCCUACUUCUCCUCGGGAGUCCACCUUGCCGUCAUGGGUGGCAUCUCGGCGGCUGUUACCAUCGCGGCCUCCCUCAGAGGGGAUUGUGAUGAGAAGGCGGCGGCGUCGUGGCACUCCAAGAAGACGGCCGAGAGCUAUACUCGCUUCUAUUUGGUUGUGAGCAGCGCUCUGAAGCAGAUCCGCAUGCAGGACGAUCCCGUCAUCCAGGACAUUGACGAGGAGGGAUUCCAGAGGGCGUUUGAUUUGUUCCGACCAGUCAUCCAAGGUACCGUCGAUGCCGACCCCACUGGCAAGCUUUCUCAGAACGAAGUGGCCACGACAGUCGAGUUUUGUUUCAAGGCCUUCUCACACGUCACCCCGGAGCAAAAGGAGGCGGUUGUCAACAAAUUAAAGAGCCUCGGCGUGACGGGUCAGGAAGCUGACAACGACGAUGCAAUCGUGAAAGUUCUCGGCGAGAUCGAGAAGAACCUCACGCUCGAGGAGGCGCAGGUGCUGGACAUCCUACGCAGCAGGCGCAUGAUCCGGGAAGACGGCUUCAACAUGGACAGCUUCACCCUCGACGCCAUUGACGGGCUGGCACCCAGAAUGGAGCGCGGCAAUCUCGGCCUCGCCAAAGCCGAGAUGGCGAAGCUCAACGGAUCUCAUAUGUAUUCGGUGGAUUUUCUCGAGGGCAAGCGCCCCGGCUUCAGGGCCCAGGAACCCACCAACGGGAUGAACGGUCACACUAACGGGCAUACCAACGGGCAUGAGCAGCAUGAAGAGCCUAGUACCAUGAACGGAACGACCAAAGCCACCUCGAGCGCAUCGAAUGGAUCCAUAAACGGUAUGAAUGGAAAUAGCUCCAGUCAUGACAUUCUCAAGGGCGAUUCGGAGCGAGUUGCGGGUGGUAUCUUUGCGCCACCCAUCAACGGACACGCCUCCCUGCUGGACGACGUUGGAAGACACGCGGUGAUGAGCACCCUCCACGAAGCCGCCGAGAACCUCGAAACCCCCUUCGACCUGGUGAUGCGUCUGGGCAACACGGCCCGCCUCCUCACCUUCAUACGCGUGGGCAUCGAGCUCAACAUCUUCACCACCCUAACCACCGCCGCCGCCCCCGGCAUCCUCACCGUCCACGACCUCGCCGCAGCCUCACCCACCAGCACAAACACCGACCCCACCCUCGUCCGCCGCGUCCUCCGCUACCUCGCCGCCAACCGCAUGGUAACCGAGUCCGGCCCCGACCGCUACAGCGCGAGCAAAUCGACGCGCUUCCUCGCCGACCCCGGCAUCGCAGGCGGCGCGACCUUCUUCCAGGGCGUGGUCGCGCCCGCAACACACCACCUGCCGGACUCGCCGCUCGCACAGAACGGGUUUGCUGCUGCUGCCGCCGAUGCUGCGGGGGGCGACGACGCGCCGCCGCUGGUGUUCCACUCGUGGGCGGCGACCGACCUCGACCUCUACCCCUGGCUCAAGACACAGCCGCGGCUGCUGUCGGCGUUCCAGAACCUCAUGACGGUUGAUCGAGGGGGGGACUGGAUCGGGUGCGUGGACUUUUCGUCAUCCGCGUCGGGAGAUGAUGGUGAUGGUGAUGGCGAGCGCACCGUGUUCGUGGACGUGGGCGGCAACGUGGGCCACCAGACGCGGCGGCUGGUGGCGGCGCACCCGGCGCUGGCCGGGCGCGUGGUGGUGCAGGACCUGCCCGAGACGGUGGCGGCGGCGCCGGCGGUGGAAGGGGUGGAGUUUGUGGCGCACGACUUCUUCAAGCCGCAGCCGGUGCGGGGGGCGCGGUUUUAUUACCUGCGGUCGAUCCUGCAUAACUGGGGGGAUGAGCGGGCGGUGGAGAUCUUGCGGGGUUUGGUCCCCGCGCUGGCGGCGGACUCGCGCGUGCUGAUUGAUGAGCUGGUGGUGCCGGAUCAGGGGGCGGAUGCGUGGGUGGCCGGGCAGGAUCUGAAUAUGAUGUUGUUGUUUGGCGGGAUGGAGAGGCGGCGGGAUGACUGGACGGCGUUGUUGGACCGGGCGGGCUUGAAGAUGGUUGAUAUCAAGACGUAUGCGCCGGUGAGGAGGAGCUCGAUUAUUGUGGCUAUGCUGAAGUAGGUGCUGGUAGUGGUGGUUUGGAAACUAGGUACUGGGUGGGAGGCAGGCAAUGUCGAGGUAUAUAUUGCAACAAGGGGUAUGGUUCAGAGAAUGCAUUUUCACGUCUGGUUUCACCAUCACGUUUCAUCAAGCCAUCAUCACAUCACGCAGGAGCAAAAACAGUGACG